UAAAUGGGUUAGGUAUGCAAAUAUGGGCACACCAAAACAAAGUUGCCACCACCAAGUUCCAAGUACAGAAGAAAAAAAAAACACCAAGUCCAGCCGAUCAAUUCCACCAUGGAAUCUUGCUUAUUUGAGUACCCAAAUUCAGAUUUCUCACAAGAAGAAUCAUUCUUUGGAGAAUCCUUCUCAUGGGAUGAGCUUCUUUUCCACCAUAAUUCCCUUCCCUUCAAUCUCAAUGACUCAGAGGAAAUGCUACUUUUGGAUGUCCUAGCCAAGGGGGCUAAAGAAACCACAUGUGUGGUUAAGGAAGAGGAAGUCACUUCCGAUGCCAAGGAGGAAGUAUGCAAGAAAGAGAAGUCCUAUAGAGGGGUUCGGAGGCGGCCAUGGGGGAAGUACGCGGCGGAGAUAAGGGAUUCGACUCGGCACGGCAUCCGGGUAUGGCUCGGAACCUUUGAUAGUGCUGAGGCAGCUGCUCUAGCAUAUGAUCAAGCUGCAUUCUCAAUGAGGGGUACCUUGGCUGUGCUCAAUUUUCCGGUGGAAGUGGUCAGAAAUUCACUCCAAGACAUGAAGUAUCGGUGUGAGGAGGGGUGCUCGCCGGUGGUGGCACUAAAGAGGAAGCACUCCUUGAGAAGAAAAUCAAUGGUUAAGAAAAGUAAAGGGAAGACAGAUACAAGAUCAGAAAGUGUGGUGGUGUUGGAGGAUUUGGGAGCUGAAUAUUUAGAGGAACUUUUGAGCUUGAGCCCAUUUGAGAGUACUAGUACUAAAUGAAUUAACCUUUUUCAUCUCCAUUU